UUUUCCCCCAUCCAUCACUCCGUCAUCCACCUAGUCUGAGUAUCCUCAGCUUGGCCUGCCCUGGUGCCUUCGCGCUCCCCCAAUCGGAAACAGGGUCUGGGCCACACCAGCAUUGGAUCCUUCGCAUCGGUGGAUCUGCCCGUCUUGUCCGUCUUCGUCUCCAUCCAUUCAUUCUUCCUCUUUCCUCCAUCAUCAUCAUCAGCAUCAGCAUCAGCAUCGUCGUCGUUGUCUGCCAUCCAUCGCUGCUCGUUAAUUUGCGCCUACUAAGGUUGUCUUUUUCUCCGACCUGCGGGUGUCCAAUAACUCUUCCUCCGUCAUCUCCAACGCCCCGAUCAAGGAACCCCCCAAAACUAAACAGAGAAAAAGGAAACAAGAUUUACACAUACAAAAAAGAAACGGAAAGGAAACACGAAGGAAUAGCACGAUCCUCUUCGAUCAUCUCUGCCUAGAAUUCCGAUUGAUCCACCCCGAUCAAUCCUGUUUUUGCUAACCACGCCUCGUUGAGCCUUCCAUGAACCUGUGAGAAGCGUCAAUUCCACCCUCGUGGAGAUUGCGAUAACGGUCGGAUCGCCACGCGGGCUAUUUCUCCUUGCUGAUCGGAUUAGUCUCCUGUCAACUCUCGUUCAUCUUCCUAUCAAUCAGUUCCACAUCCUGCUCAUACCCCCUUGCAUGUCUUUGCGCCGACCGCCUUGAGAUCGAUCGUCUGCUCUCCUUCCGCUCCCUCAUGG